CCGCUCCUCCUCACACAGAGGGGAGGGAAGAAGCGCUGAGGGAAGAAAGACGAGCUGGGCGCUGAACCUGGCAACGGGACCGCUUUCUCCCUCGUCGUGAAGAGUCAGGAGCCCACCGCCAGCUCACCUCUGCCCUGUCCGCUGCCCGGCUCAGCCAUGCCCAGGAAAAGCAUCGUGGAAGUCAGCGUGCAGAACGUGCAGAAGAGGCGCAGCCCCAACAAGCACUAUGUAUAUAUUAUUAAUGUCACCUGGUCAAAUGGCACCACAGAGGUCAUCUAUCGAAGAUACAGCAAGUUCUUUGACUUACAGAUGCAAAUCCUGGACAAGUUUCCAGUGGAAGGUGGGCAGAAGGAUCCCAAACAAAGGAUUAUCCCAUUCUUACCAGGCAAAAUCUUGUUUCGGCGAAGUCACAUUCGUGAUGUUGCAGUUCGGCGCCUGAUUCCUAUCGAUGAGUAUUGUAAGGCCCUCAUUAGAAUGCCCCCCUACAUCUCCCAGUGUGACGAAGUCCUCAGUUUCUUUGAAGCCAGGAUGGAGGACUAUAACCCACCUAAGGAAGAGCCUAUUGGGAAGAGGAAACUUGGCGGAGAUUCUUCAUCGGCUGACCCCUUAGUCUUGGAUCAGUAUGUGGUGGUUGCUGCAUAUGACAAACAGGAGAGCACAGAAAUCACUCUGCGUGUUGGUCAAGUGGUCGACAUCAUUGAGAAAAACGAGUCUGGCUGGUGGUUUGUCGGUACUGCAGAUGAACAAGGAUGGGUCCCUGCUACUUGCUUAGAGGCUCAAGAUGGGGGACAGGAGGACUUUACAAUUCAACCAGAAGAAGAAGAGAAAUACAGCGUUAUCUAUCCAUACACUGCAAGAGAUCAAGAUGAAAUCACUCUGGAUAAAGGAGUCAUAGUAGAGGUCAUGCAAAAGAAUCUUGAGGGAUGGUGGAAAAUUAGAUAUAAAGGUGCAGAGGGCUGGGCCCCAGCAUCCUACCUGAAGAAAAUCAGUGGAGAUUUACUAUCACAAAAGCUUGCCUCAGGGUCCAGUGCCAAUUCCAGUGCUCUAGAUUUGGAUGGAAUCUCCAGGCAGCAGAACUAUGCUGGUCGAGAUAGGGAAGCUCCAAGUCGGCAACUUCCAUUCACAGAUUUUAAACGAAAAUCCCCCAUAAUGAGACAGAGACCACCUCCUCGCCGGGACCUUACCAUUCCACGGGGACUAAAUCUUCCUAAACCUCCUACUCCCCCUCAUGUUGAAGAAGAGUAUUACACUAUUGCAGACUUCCAGACCAUUAUUCCUGAUGGGAUCAGUUUCCAGGCAGGACUAAAAGUUGAGGUAAUAGAGAAGAACCAUAGUGGCUGGUGGUACAUUCAGAUUGAUGAUAAGGAGGGCUGGGCCCCCGCUACCUUUAUUGACAAGUAUAAGAAAACAAGCAGUGCAUCGAGGCCUAACUUUCUGGCUCCUUUACCUAAUGAGAUGGCACAGCUUUGCUUGGCAAAUACUUCAGCAGAGAGUAGUUCUUUGGAAGAAACAUCUGGGCCUUGUAGACCUCUGCCUGAGCCUCCACAAAAUGGCACAGAAUCUGUGCCAAAGUGGAAAAACAAAGAAGAAGGCUUCAAAAGUACUCAAGUGAAUGGUAAAGAACAAAUAUUCAAUAGUGUAUAUGAUGAAGCUGCUAACGAUGAAGGGGAGGAGAAGCCAAGUUUACCUCCAAGAAGGGAAUCAAUGCUGAAGACAGAAGAUGUUUCUGAAAGACCGAGCAUGCCACAGCUUCGUGUUCCUCCCCCGAAACCAUCACCAAGCUUGAUGCCUUCUGGACCACAGAGACAGUUACCGCCUAAAGACAUCAAGAAACCAGAAAUAAAAAGUGACAAAGGAAAAAUGUUUCAGCUAAAAAAUGAAAUGGGGCUGGAAUGUGGCCACAAAGUAUCACCCAAAGAGCUGAAAAAGCCCAUGCUGAAGCCUGUCCCUAACAAACCAAAGCCUGACCAGUCUAUAGAGAAGGCAGACGUGAUGGUCCCAAACCCCUUUUUGAAGUCCAAACCGCAAGUGAGACCCAAGCCAAUCACUGCAGCUAAAACCGAAAUUAACACAGAAAAUAAGGUUGAUAUCUCAAACUUGAGAAGUAGACUUAAACCUGCUUCAAAGUCUGUAGAGAAAGCAAAUGAGCAGGAGUCUUUUGUAAACAGUGGAGCAAAUGAUAGUGCAAUGUAUACUGCACCUUAUCAAGGGGCUGCUGGCAGACCUCUUGAAAAACCAGAUUGGAGACCUCAGUACAAACAGGAUGAUGAAAUACCUAGAGAGCCACCAUCUAAAGCGUUGCCAGUGCCUAUGAGGACUGCAGACAGUGAACCAAAGCCUGGAAGAGAUCCACCCCAGAGGCCUGUAAUACCACCAAGAAGACCUCCUCCUCCUAAGAAAUUGUCCACUGAAACCAGUGAAGGGAAGGCAACACCACAAAAAGAAGGCUCUGAUUCAGUACCUACUCCCCUAUCAAACAAGCCAAUACUGGUCCCACCAAAAUCCAAGCCAUUCAUCCCUUCACCCAGUAUGGAAGAUACCAAAGUAAGAAAUAGCUUUGUCCCAAAGACGCAGGCACCAAGGCAGGUAGAUAAGUCAGACAUCAAAGAAAGGUCAUUACCUUGUGAGAUACCCAAAGAUUGCUGUUAUAUAGCCGUUGCUGAUUUUGAUGGUGACGAAGAAACAGGCAGCUUUAAAGAAGGGACAGUAUUUGAGGUUCAGGAGAAGAGCUCAAGUGGCUGGUGGUUCUGUAGGAUUAUUAAUGAAGGCCCAAUUUGGGAGGGCUGGAUACCUUCCAAUUAUCUUAGAAAGAAGCCAUAAUAGCUUGCAUUGUUUACUCAUUGCCAUAGUCUCCUAAUUUCAGGUCUAUUUAAUUAGUCCAUUAAUUUAUCGUUUUUACAUGAAGCCUAAUUUUUUUUUAUACAUUCCAUUUUUUUUUAAUUCACUUUUUUUUAAAAAAUAACAAAGGAACGGGAGCGUUAGCUGGCAGGAGUAGAAGCAUCCUCCAGUAAUCUUUACUGAAUAAUCAGUGGGGUAAGAUGUGAGCUGAAAAGAGUGUAGAAAUGUGCUAGCACUCAAGUAAUGGAAGAUGUCUGAGUGUGGUGCUCAGUAUGCAAGGGAACAGUUUGCAGAAGCAGCACACACAAAGCCAGGUUAUUAAGACUUCUCCAUAUUUGGCCUUCUUAGUAUGUUAUUAUUCUUGGCCAAAUCAUAUUUUUGCCACUGUUGACAGUGACAUAAUAAACUUGGCAGUACAGUACAGUUUAAAACUUUGUUUUACAUUUUUUUGUUGUGUUUAUAGCAAUGUUAACACGAAUGGCUCAACUUGAUAUGUUAUAACCUCCUCUGAAUAGGAACAGAUGAUUGUACGUUCAGUAGCACUACAUUCCUGCAUUUAUACAAAGAGCAAUGAAACAAUAUGUGUCAUUUUUUAGCUACUUUUUUGUCCUCCCUACAAUUUUAGGGAUCUUUAUAUACAGAUGCAGAGUGUGUCCUGUAGAGGGCAGCGAUGUCCAAGUAAUUUUGAAAAGAACACACUGUUAACUGUACAAUGGUAGGAAUCCCAUAAAUGAGGGUCUUUACAUAAAGUUAAUAUUAGCUAUCCCAGGCUGCUCGGGACUGGCAUGAAGUGGGAUUGUCAGUAUUACCAGACUAUGUGCCAGUCUGUUUAUUUUUUAUUGCUCAACAAGUUGUCGUAAUUCAAAUAGGAAUAUUUGCCGAGCUCCUCUAGUGCCUCCUCCCUCAGUUCCAGUAGUGCCACCCAUAUCUUUUUAUGUUAAGCCAGGUGAUCAGAUUAGUAGUUACAGUUGGCUGUAGUGUCACCCCAGAGCAACACUGGUAGGAAGAUGGAGAGUGACAGUGUGUAAAUAUCAGAAACCUUGCCUGAAUCACUAAUACUUAUCUCUGGCAAGGUUUGGGCCUCUUCGAGAACUCAAAAGGUUGGCCAUGCAGCACUAGAAACAUUGUAAGUAGCUGGAGCUCUCUAUGCUGUAGUACAGGGCUCAGCAACCUUCGGGACACCAGCUGUUGUGAAACUACAGCUCCCAGCAUGCGCACUUGAACAGCGGUUCUUAUAACUCCCAUAGAAGUGGAUAGGGCAUUCUGGACGUUGUAGUUUCAGAAUGGCUGGAGUACCAGAGGUUGCUGAUCCCUGCUGGUUUGCAUUUAUUUUUAUCAUUAAAAAAAAUGUAUAAUGUUAGGGAUGUAUUUAAGGCGCAUUAUUUGUAAAGCUUAGAUUGUCAUCAUGGGAGCUGUGCUCCAUGUCUAUUGCCACUGCCUAUACCUACGUUAGAUCAGUGAUCUCGAGGUGUAUUCCCAUCCAUGUGGCAGGUGUGAUUUUAUUUUUUUACUUUUAUCUGGGUUCAGUUAAUGGCUCAUUGCACACUCUCCAUUGUACCACAGCAGUAUUAUAUAGCUUGAUGCAUUGCUUUACAAUGGAACAUGCUUGUUCCAGUAGCUUUUCCAAUUAUGUAGUAAAAAACAUCCACUCAUGUGAUUACAUUUUCCUUUACAUCAGGUAUUUCAAUGCAGUGUUUGAUAUAACAGAAUGCAACAUUUAGGAUUGUGUUCAUUUUGAUGGUGCCUUAAAGAGAACCUGUCACCACAAAAUGCAGUGCAAGUAACAUGUUAUAGAGCAGACAGAUAUAAUUCUGUAGGAAAAGAUUCCGUGAAACCUCUGCUUUUUCUGAACUUAAGACCACCCCAUAGAUAAUUAUACAUUUAAAUAUCUGCUAUUUCUGACUUCAGUUGUACACAGGGGAGUUGUUACACAGAGAAUGCUAUCAAUCACUGAUACACCACCCCCCCCCCCCCCAUGUACAACAAUCAGUGACUGACAGCAUUCUGUGUGUGUAUAUA